AUGCGAAUAAUCUGCAUUUUUAAGAUCGUCUGCGCUAUUAUUUCGAUAAUUCUAAACUGUAUUCUAACAUUAUUGAUUCUGAAAAAGUCGCCGCCAAAACUUGGAGCCUACAAGUACUUGAUGAUUUAUAUUGCACUUUUUGAAGGGUACUAUUCGAUUUGGGACUUGAUUACAGAACCGAUCGUCCACUCCUACAAAGCCGCGUUUGUUGUCCUUCGUGACUUCAAUGGAUCGGUUUUUGACCGUGAAAUCAGUUUCAUCUUAAUUUGUGUCUAUUGUGGGCUUUUUGGGUUUUCACUGGCCAUUUUUGGAGUACAUUUCAUUUACAGAUAUGGUGCUGUUAAUAAAACAUUUAUGGACAAGUUCCUACCUGGGAAUCAAGUCUACAUACUGUUCCUAAUCCCCAUGUGGUAUUUCACAUGGUGGGGUGUCCUAUGCUAUAUCUAUUUUCAUUUCAGCCCAAGAACAGAUGCGUAUAUGGAAGAAACCAUCGAAUCCCAUUUUGCUCUUUCAAUCAACGAUUCUUCCUACAUUUGUGUGUAUUAUCAACCAACUGGAGAAGACGGAAAACCUCAUCCAGAUCCCAAGAUUUUCUUUGCAAUUGGUUGUAUGUGGUAUAUGGUGAUCUCCUCAAUGUUCUGCGUCUUCUACUUUGGCAUCCGAUGUUACAGUCAGAUCAGUAACACCAUUUCUCAAACAUCCACAACUUCCACAUCUCUCAAAAACCUCCAAUCCCAACUUUUCAACGCUCUAGUAGUUCAAACUAUCAUCCCACUGGUCCUCAUGUACAUCCCAAUUGGAAUCCUAUUCUUCUUCCCAAUGGUUAUUUGGGAAUUACCAUUUACCACCAGUUUUGUGGGCUACACGAUUGCCUUGUACCCAGCUAUCGAUCCAUUACCAAAUAUGAUUAUUAUACGGUUUUAUAGACAGGCUAUAAUUGAUUUCUUCUUGAAAAUUCUGGGACGGAAGAAAAAUGCAAACCAGUUCAAUUCUAUCAAUUUGGUGGAAGUGGCUCCGAUAUCUUGA